GCAAUCCGGCGUCGGCUUGACCCGCAGCAACUCAAACGCUAGCAGCUUCCCAUCGCACGGUGCUUGCCACGUGCGCAGCACCAAGUCCUCCCCAAACAUCCUCCGUCGGCAACGCUGAGUCUGGACGGGAUGGCUCCUUCCGCCCGCCUUCACAGUAAUCUGGGACAGAUUAUCGAGUAUAUUCCGGACCGUCUUUACCUUGCGUCCUACCUUGAAGCUCCCGAUGCGAACACGCUCUUCCCGUACCCGGAUCCUCCGCGCUCGCCGAGUAAGAGGUCGCAACGCAACGCCGAGGGUCAGACUACCCGGAAGCAGCCAUUUUAUUUCACGGUAGACGAUACUCUUCUCUACAAUGCCUUCCAUCACGACUUUGGCCCGCUGCAUAUCGGCCAUCUCUACCGCUUCGCGCUGCAGUUUCACGAGAUCUUGGGAGCCAAGGAGAACCAGGACAGGCCGAUUGUUUUCUGGAGCAGAGCAGACCCGCGCAGCCGCGCCAAUGCCUCUUGCUUGUUAGCAUGCUACAUGGUCCUAAUACAGUCGUGGCCGCCUCACUUGGCACUGGCACCUGUGGCCCAGGUGGACCCGCCGUUGAUGCCCUUCCGAGACGCCGGCUAUAGUCAAGCUGACUACGGCAUCACGGUGCAAGAUGUGGUAUAUGGGGUCUGGAAGGCGAAGGAGGAGGGCUGCUGCGUGCUGGAGACUUUCGACCUCGACGAGUACGAGCGGUUUGAGCGCGUCGAGCAGGGCGACUUCAACUGGAUCACUCCCCAUUUCCUCGCUUUUGCUUCGCCGCAAAGCAAUCCUCCGGCUCGCACACCCGAGGGAACUGAUGCCUGGAGGGCGUUACCCAAGACAUUGUCCGAAGUUGAUGCUCAUCCCACGCUUGGACAGCCAUUCAAGAACGUCCUGAGGCAUUUUACCGAGAGGAACAUUGGACUUGUCGUGCGGCUCAACUCGGUUCUGUACGACGCAUCGUACUUUGAGGCGCUCGGCAUCCGGCACAUCGACAUGAUCUUCGAGGACGGCACCUGUCCACCCCUGUCCAUGGUGCGCAAAUUCAUUCGCAUGGCGCACGAAAUGAUAACGGUGAAGAAGAAGGGCAUCGCAGUGCACUGCAAGGCCGGCCUAGGUCGCACAGGCUGCUUGAUUGGGGCCUACUUGAUCUACCGACAUGGCUUCACCGCCAAUGAGAUCAUCUCCUACAUGCGGUUCAUGCGCCCGGGCAUGGUCGUUGGACCCCAGCAGCACUGGCUUCACUUGAACCAGGGAACCUUCCGGGAAUGGUGGGUUGAGGAGCGUCUUGAGCGUAAGCUGCGGAAAGAGGCAGCCCUGGCCGCCGCCGUUGCUGCUCAGGCCAAUGGGCACCAGCAGCCCAGCACGCCUGUUCGCGCGAUGCAGAAGAGCGGCGUUGGGCGCAGUGCUAGUAAGAAUGGGACGUCGACGCCUCCAAACAGGGGCUCGGUCCGGACGCCGCUCGGAGAGAUUGACCCGGACCGCCCCCGGGAUAACAACAUCGGUGUGCAAGAAGACUACCUCCCAGCGCCAACGCCAGGCCAACCCCGAAAGACUCAGCGGUUGGCCGCCGAUCGUCACCAUCCAUACGGCCGCAGCACAAAUGCGGUACCAACGGUCGAAGAAGAGUGUGCCGUGGAGGAAGAGCUCCAAACAGACGUCAUUUCGAUGCACCGUACGCAAGGAAACGAGUCUGACGAGGAGUACCACCUCCGGAUGCGCGCACACCGUAAAGUCUCGGCUUCCGUCUCACCGGGGCGGCGAGAACGGUCAGUCAGCCACCAGACCACCACGACCACAACGUCCACAACCAUCCACCAGGUCAUCGACGACGAUGACGCGUCCAACGACAUUGAGAACAUUGGCAUGGCAGUCGCAAAAGCCAAAUCGCACGAACAAGUCCAAAGAGCCACCUCCGCCUCUGGCGUCCUGAUGAAGACCCGCGGGGGCAGCAGCCCCAAGCGCGCCGUUGCCGGUACGCCUCGGGAUGCUGGUGUUCGUAAGACCAGCGGCCGGAUUGGCAGCGUUGGUCAGGUCUCGCCGACAGCACGGAAGAUAAGCGGCACGCAUUAACACGACCGGCGCGCGAGUUUGUCUCGUUUCGCGCUCAGUCCUGUGUUACACCGGCGACUGACUUAUGUUCCGAUGUUGAU